AUGAACAAUCGUCUUGUCGUCGAAACAAUUUCAAAUAUUCAUUCGAAUCAUCUCGACAGUGCCACAGACUAUCAAAAUCUUACUAAACCGUUAAAUCAAUUAUUGAAUCAUCCAUCAUUGCUUUCAAUAAAUACUGGUGAUAACAGUACAUUUAAAAAUAAUUAUUUGUACAAUAAAUAUUCAAUUCCUAGCAACGACGAAAGUCAUUCAUCAGCGAACGACGAAGAAAAAGAAGAAGAAGAAGAAGAAGAAGAGGAGGAGGAAGAAGAAAAUUCAAACGAAAUUCAUCAUCAAAAUACUGAUAUUAGAAAUUAUAAUUUAGCUUAUUUUAAUACAAAUAAUUUAAACAGUAUUUAUCCACAUCAACAUUUUGAAGAAUUACGAAAAGAACGGGACGAAACAAUUUGGAAUGCGAAUAAGGUUUCAUCAUACAACGCUCUUAGUCGUCAUUGUUCAAGUUCAGGAAGUGAAUCAGAAAAUCGUCAUCAUCCUUGUACAGAAUGUGGUAAAACAUUUGCAACAUCCAGUGGUUUAAAACAACAUAUGCACAUUCAUAGUAGUGUGAAACCAUUCCAAUGUGAGGUCUGUUUCAAAGCUUAUACUCAAUUUUCUAAUUUGUGUCGGCAUAAGCGAAUGCAUGCUGAUUGUCGAACACAAGUCAAAUGCCGAUUUUGUGGGCAAACAUUUUCAAACAGUGCAGCACUUAAUAAACAUAGAAGAUUUUGUGGCGAUGUUAGUUCUUAUCCAAAUGAAACUCAAAAAUCAUCAUUACUAAAUAAAGAACAAUUAAAUAAUUGGUUAUGGAAUUCGUCAAAUUUACCCUAUUCAUUAAUGCCGUAUUUACCUCGUUUUGCUACGUUUACACCGGUUGCACCGAAUACUUGUACAACAAUUCCAUAUUUUAAUACAUUUUUAACAAAUAACAAUACCCAUUCAUCACCACUGUCAUCAUCGUCCUCAAUAACAACUUCAGAUGAGACAAUGAAAACAAAAUACAAUAAAAAUAACAAUGGAUACUGUUCAAUAAAAACAAAUUUAACACAAAAUAAUGUUAUCGAUGAUAUAAGAUCCACAACAAAUUCACCCGAAAUGCAAUUGAAAGAUACAGUAUUAUCAACAAAAGUAAAUAAUCAUUAUCCAACAUCAAUAAAACGUACACUAGAGAUAGAAGACAAUGAUGAUGGACCACUUGAUUUAAGUGUCAAAAAAUCAAAAAUGUUUUAUUUAAAAAAUAAUCAUAUGAAGGAACAUCAUCAACGCCAUGUAUCAUCGUCGCCUUCACCUUCUAAAUCACCAUCUCCAGCAUUGAAUACUAAGUCAAUUACAUCACAUUCAUCUUCGAUUGAAGAAACAAAAUUGGAAACAGACAUCAAUCAAAUAAUUAGAAGUCGACAUAAUACAGAUGCUAGUAGUUGUCGCUCAGUAUCAACAUCUGAACAACGACGAAAUCCAAUAACAGUUUCAAAAUAUAAUGUUGAAUCAUUAUUAAACAAAAAGUGUACAACAUCAUCAUGUGAAAAUGAUAAAAUAAAAUCUAUUUCACCAAAGUCACCAUUAUCUACUACACCCAUUAUUAACACCACUACAUCAUCGUCUCCACUCAAUUUAGAAGUUUUAAAACGUAUUUAUCAUGCAAAUAAUGUAUUUUCUAAUCCAACAACAUCCACAGUUGCUGCAGCAGCAUUUUCACAAUUAACAUUAAGUAGAAAUCUAUCAAUGAAUUAUGAUUCAUGGCAAUCAAAUACAUUGAAUAAAUUAAAUUAUUUAAAUACACGAACAAAUAAAGACAAGUAUACAUGUCAAUAUUGUGGAAAAGUAUUUCCCAGAUCGGCAAAUUUAACACGACAUUUAAGAACUCAUACAGGUGAACAACCGUAUCGAUGUAAAUAUUGUGAACGAUCAUUUUCAAUUAGUUCAAAUCUUCAAAGACAUAUUCGAAAUAUUCAUAAUCGUGAAAAACCAUUUUUAUGUACACUUUGUGAUCGUCGUUUUGCCCAACAAACAAAUCUCGAACGCCAUUUAAAAAAACAUGAAAAUGGUUUACCAUUUGAUUCUUGUUCCGGUGAAGAAGAUAAUGAAAUGCCUUCAAUGAUAACAACUAACGGCAAUGGUAGUUUAUCAAAUCAUCAUGUUGAACUCUAUGAACAACAUACUUUAAACAGUGAACCAUCUAGUACGAGACGAUCAUCGUCGUUAUCAUUGUCAGAUGAAGAUUGCAGUAGAACAGAAGAAGAAGAAGAUGUUGUUGGAAAUCAUGGACGUGAAAGUCGUUAUUUGGAUGGUAUAACAACAAUAGAGAAUGAUGAAAGAGAAGCAGAACAUGAUAUUUCGUCAAAUUAA